AUGCACAAGUCCUACCUGAAAGAUAGUUUCAAGUAUCUUGGGUCCAUAAUCCAAGGAGACAGAGAGAUUGAGGAUGAUGUUGUUCAUCGUACUGGAGCGGGGUGGGUGUCACGGAGGCUCGCAUUCGGGGUACUGUGCGAUAUAAAUGUGUCAUCAAGUCUUACGGGUAAAUUUUACAGAGUGGUGGUUAGACCGACUUUGUUAUAUGGCGCAGAAUGUUGGCUAGUCAAGAAUACUCACGUCCAGAAGAUGAGUGUAGCGGAGAUGAGGAUGCUCAGGUGGAUGUGUGGGUGUACUAGGAUGGAUAUGGUUAGGAAUGAAGUUGUACAGGGCAACGUGGAAGUGGCUCAUGUGGCGGACAAGAUGAGGGAAGCGAGAUUGAGAUGGUUGGGGCAUGUGAAGAAGAGUUGUGUGGAUGCGCUAGUAAGGAGGUGUGAGAGGUUGGCUAUAACAGAAGUUAGUAGAGGUAGAGGUAGACCGAAGAAGAACUGGGGGGGAGGUGAUUAG